UUUAACUUUCUGGUGACCUGUGUAACGUCACUGUGUGACAUGAAAACGUUCAACACGAGUACUAUCCAGAUACGUUAAGUUGUUGAAAAUUUCCAUCUAAUUACGGACAGACUACUAUAGUUACAUAUGCAAAAGGCUAUUAUCUCCUUCAGUCUGUUCAUUCGUGAUUCGGUCUGUUCAUUCGUGAUUCAUAAUCACCGGUCUGACCAGUUUUUAGGCAUAAAGGCAGCUCCGAGUCCUACUCCCUACAUACCAGACCAUCUAAAUCUACACGGGCUGUUCUCGGCAUUGACAGCGUAAAGCGUUGUCAGGACCCUCCAUGCAGACCCUCUAGUAAGAACCAUGCCCUGCACUGCUGGCACUUUGUCCACAGACAUUCUACCAGGUGAUGAGGUGAGGUGUGAACCACAAUCCCAUGUCAACCAGAUAGACAUCGUCUCCGCUCUGCAACCUUAAGGAGGUCCUUAACUUAUGAGAAAGCUCUGAUCCCUUAAACCAUGUCAGCGUCCGACACGAUCGCCGUCCCACGGUCUGUGGAAGACAUCACCCAACCCUGGGUCCAACAGGUCUUCAACAAAGCCGACCCUGACGUCAGUAUCACCAAUGUCAACAUCGAGGGAAACAUAGGUGAAGGUCAGGGCUAUAUGAACAGCCUUGUCGCCUUCGUAGCCACUGGGAACAAGGACAGUAAAGAAGAAAGGCACCGUCUUGUGGCCAAACUGACAAGUUUCCAAAUAAUGGAGGAAGUAGAUUACAUGACCGUGGAGGAUUAUCUUCGUAUGGACACGGCAGAGUCCAAGUUCUACUCCGUGGCAGUGCCGGACUUACUGUCCAUGUUACCCGCAUCUAAGGGGUCCGAAGCCAUGGCCGAAGGAGAAGUCGUGCCUGUCCCAAAGUGCUACUUCGCCACGAGUGACCAGACCUCCAAGAUGUCAGUACGUGUGAUGGACAAUCUUAAGACUCAAGGCUUCUCGAUCAAACCGUUCCCGGCGCAAACGUUGAACCUCCAGGAGAUGAAGCUCGCAGUAGGAGCUCUGGCCAGGAUCCACGGUCUUUCCCAUCGACUAGAGCUCCAGUCUGGAGUCCCCCUACCUGACAGGUACGACUGGAUGAUGGACCUUCACGGUACCAAACAACAGUGGUACGGAUCCAGAGCGGCCUACCUAGAGGGGGUCAAGGCCUUCGCAUCAGCCUUUCCUGACGCCACAGAUCUGUUGGCUUGUCUGGAGAAGCUGAACACUGUCCCGACGGUGAAUGAGGCGGUGAAGAAUCCAGAAAAGGUGAAGGUGCUGAGCCAUACGGACUGCUGGAACAACAACAUUAUGUUCAAGUACGAAGAUAAUAAAGCCACAGACGUAAAACUGGUGGACUGGCAGACUCCUUCCUACCGGACACCGACCUUUGACCUGGUUGUCCUCUUCAUGUACCAAAGUUGGGACAUUUUCCACAACCAGCGGGACGCCAUCUUGGAACAUUACCACCAAGAACUACAGAAGACCUUGGGAGAAAAGAAAUCCAUCGGUCUACAGCUGUACACGUUGGAUCAGCUGAAAGCAGACUUCCGUGCUGACUGUGCGAUCGGCGUGUUUGAACGGGUGUUAUUUUGUUCGUGGCUUCUCCCCAGUCAACAGCCGGAUCUGCUGAAGAUUGUACAGGAAGUCAAGAACUGGGGCGUGAUUUAGCUGUUUAUUUCCUUCAGCUAUGUUAGGAUAUUAUAACGUCACAUUUCCAAACCUUCGCCAAACCGGACUGUUUGAGGAAACGGGAAAAUAUACACAAAUAAUGCCCACGACUGUUCUCUUUACGUCGUGUAGUUUGGUGUCUUUUAUAUCACACCUGGCCGGGUCCCAGUUUGGAAAUGUGACGUAGACUGUACUAUGCUCAAUGCAGUCGGACAGGGCUGUGUAAACUGUGCCAGUGAGUUGUACAGGGCUAACAUUGAAACUAAGCAUAUAAGCUGUUCCGAAGAGUUGGACUUAUUAAAGUAGCAUGGACUUGGGAACGUAGCAUGAGAUGGAUACAGGUGUAUAUAGCUUUAGUCUAUUGUUGUACCUGUACGUAUACCUAUGUGCGGUUGUAACAACUUACGGACAAACCACAAAUAGAAAAGAUAAAAGCACACUCAGUAUUUUUCUUUUACAUUUAUUCACAUUCUUUUGAAUCCAUUCGUUACAUUAAGGAUUGACUAAGAGCCGAUUUUGAUUGCCACGUUAAAGAGAUUUUAUUACAUUUGUCAUAUGCAAAAAUAAACUUUAAACUAUUUUAUGAUC